CACAGUAUGUUCUCUGGUAUCGAUCCCUGUUGUGUGAUUAAUGCCUAUACUGUGAUGAGGUUAUGUUAAGGGACAAAAUUUUCGACCAAAUUUUGUUUAAAAGUGAACAUUAAAUUGUUUUAAUUGCACAGAUAAGUUAAUUAAUGAACUUCUAAUAGGAAAACGUCCAAUUACUCGCAGCAAAUUUGGUUUCGUGCUUCACAAAAAAAGUUAACAUGUCGUUAGAGUCGGACAACUAUAUGGUUAAAUUUAGAGCUUCCGCUAAAAAUAUUUAUCACUGUAAAAUUUGCUCCUUCUUUACAACGUCGUUUCACCUCCUGUGUCCUUUCCAAACGGAAUUAGCAGUUGCGCUAAAACAACACGUUCAAGCCCGCCAUACCACCAAAAAAGAACACCCACAAGAUGAGAAAUGCGUCAUCAAAAGCUACGUUUGUAAAGAAUGUCAAUUUGAAACCCAUUCUGCGUUGAAAUGGUUGCAGCAUACCAUCGGUUGUCUCAUAAAAAAAAAACCGCAUGUUAAAUACCAAAAGUGUGAAAAAUGCCCAUACAUAAGUGUAGAUAAUUCAACGUUAAGACAGCACAUCAUUGAUCGACAUUCAGACGCAACCCACCUUGAAAACCAGGCCAUUAAAUGGCAAAAAUGUGAAAAAUGCCCGUUCCAAACGAAACUCAAAAGCGACUUAAAAAGUCACAUGAUGGCUCACCAUUUGAACGACGAAGACAGAAAAUGGUGCGAAUGUGAAGAGUGUCUGAACAAAAGUAAGAGGAGUGUGAACUGGACACAACUCAUAACGGACAGCCAAUCAAAUAAACAGGACAUAAAGUGGUUUCAGUGCGAAAUGUGUCCCUAUAAGGCUGUAGAUAAGUCCCAUUUGAAAAGACAUGUGAAUGCCCAGCAUUUAGAUCAAGUCGGAUUUGGGAAAUUACAGUGUGCAGUGUGUCCGUAUAAAGCUAAGAGAAUGCUUCAGGUGGUGAAACACUUCACCAGGUGUCAUUUACAUUAUGUAAGAAGUCCUCACACGGUUCACAAUAUGCAAAAGUGAUGUCGAAAAAUAGGCGCAUUGUUUACAGUUGUGGACGUUUUUCCAUGAAGAUCUUCCCCAUACUGUAAAAGCUUUGGAAUAUUCAAGAACUGACAUUCUGGUUGUUUAAAACUGUAUUAUUUCACUAGAGACGCAAAUGUUACUUUGGUUACUGAAACACAGUUAAAAUUCUAAGUGGUUUCGAAAGGGAUCGAGAUUCAAGAAACGUCAUAACCUAACAUUUUUGCGUGAGUUGAAUUGGGUCACCGGAUUUAUUUUUCUGGAUUUGUUACCUCAUUGAAGAAGUUUUUUAAAACACUAAUAAUCAACAGAGCCGACGUGGGAUAAACUUUAAAAUUUUUCUACAAAUAUGUGAUUCUUGAGAUGUACAUAACCUUAAAAAUUAAAUAAACAACCAGGUGACAAGGAAAA